AUGUUGGAGUUCUUUCCCAGCUGGUGACCCAGUUGUUGGAUCUGACCACAGGAGUUCAGUUACCCCCUGCAGAGUCUACAGAGACAGUUCCAUCUUCAUCUCCUGAGGGCCCUAAAGAUGAGGACCCGUAUGUGACAGUGCUAUCCUGUUGGACCAGUCAGGAGGAGGGGGAUACAGAAUCAUCCAAUGAGGAGGAGGAUCCAGGGGCUAGCCCCGCCCUUUCUGGGUCUGAUGGAGAUUCUUGUUCAGACUCGGCUGCCACCAGAGUUUUGACCAAUCGCACGGGACCUUUGAUCCCCAUGCGCCCAGCUCCACCCCCCCCUCACAGAAAGAACCAAUCAGUGAAGCAGAAGACUCCCAGGGCGGCAACCAUACGGGUGUCCAGGAAGAAGGGACACAGUGGCGGGUCAGCACCUCAGAGUGCCGUGGUCCGAGCCAGCUGGCUGGAUGUCUGGAAGGGUUUCAGAUACAGUGUCCUUUGGGCGACGUUGGACGGCCAGCUAAUGUCUCUGCGUAAGAAGCGCUCGGACCGCUUCAGCGAGAUCUUGUUCCACGUUUCUAGUAUCACCAAUGUGAAGCCUCAGGACAAAGGCCGGUUCUCUGUGUACUUCAGAAGGAAACAUUAUGACUUCAUGGCUCACAGUGACGAGGUUAGGGAAGGUUGGCUCCAGUCUUUAUUAGCGACCCGAGGCCUGCAAAGUCCUGCCUCCCCAGAACUGCAUGGACAAGUCUAUAUAAAGGACACGCGGAAUCGCGCCUACGCUGCCGUCUGGGGUCAUGACCUGUGGAUUUACCCCAACAAAGACAGCUUCCUACUGGGCAUCGCCUCAUUCUCCGUCCCCCUGAGCGUGGCCACUGUGAAAUCAAAGGGAAAACAGUCAUUCAUCCUUAUCACUCCAUACAAGACCUUCAACCUGUCUGUUGAUUCAUCCAAGGAUCUGUCUGCCUGGAUGGACAUUCUAUCCUCCACUAUCCAAAGUGCUCUCUCCUGCAGCCAGGUGGCGCUGCGUCUCUGGGAGAACCCAUACAACAAGGUGUGCGGUGACUGUGGAGCCCCCAAUCCAGAGUGGGCUUCGGUCAACCUGUUGCUCGUCAUCUGCCACAACUGUGCAGGUCAGCAUCGAGCAUUGGGCAGCAACCUGUCAAAGGUACGCAGUCUGAGGAUGGACAGCAAGGCCUGGACUGAACCCCUAGUGCAGCUGUUUGUUACCUUCGGUAACCGACUAGCCAAUCAGGUCUGGGCACCAGCUGUGCCGGCAACAGAGCAACUCCAUCCAGAGUCAACCGAUGAGCAGAGGUCAAAGUUUAUCCAGGACAAAUACAGCAGGGGACGCUACAGACGAGUCCACGCUCUAACGUCCAGCCCUGAGGAAGAUGAGGAGCUUCAUGGUAAACUGGAGGAAGAUCGUUUUCUCUUCUCAGUAGAAAAUGAUUCUGCUGCCUGCGACGUCCUCGACCUGCGAGAGGUUCUGUCUGUUUUCCUCAAAGACGGGCCGAAUAAUCAGUUCCAGCUGGUGAUGCUGAACGAUCAACUGAUCUGUGAUGCUGAUGACAAGGAGACACUGCAGACCCACCUGCUUUAUAUUCUAAAGGUGAUUCUCCCAGGAGACGUGUCUUAUGCUGAGGUGGGCGGAGCCUUGGCUGUCAGCAAAGCCUUUCAAGUGGGUGUUGCCUUGAAUCAGUCAGAUGUCUGGUUGUUGCUGUGGGAGGACGGAGUCAGCAUUCACCCCAUAAAUGGAAACACACAGCAGCCUAUGAGCUUCAAACUUGGCAUGCUCCAUCACCAUGAGAUGCACUCAUCUGAAAACAUCAUCACCAUGGAAACCGCAGACAGGAGGAUUUCACUGCGUUUCCAAGAGCAACACAGCUGUGAGACCUGGUUCAAACAUCUGGAGAGAGCCCUGGCCAAUCAGGACUCAGCUCCAGAGUGUCCUCCAGCAGCCAAUCAGAGCUCAGUUCUGUACCCGGUGAUUGACUCAAUGCUGAAAGGGUCUGUCCCAGCAGCCAUCGAGCGCUGCAUCUCCCACAUCACCACGUAUGGUCUGAAGGUGGAAGGUGUGUACCGGCGCUGCGGUCUCGCGACCAAAGUGAAAAAACUUGUGGAAGCGUUGAUGACUUCACCAAACUCUGCCCCCCUGGAGAAUGAUGAGCAGGGAGUUCUAGACGCUAGCUCCGCCCUCAAACAGUACAUCCGAGACAAACAGAGCCUGAUUCCUGACGCAGACCGAGAGCAGUGGCGGCAGGCUGCAGUGAUUUCAGAUGAACGCAGCAGGUUUAAAGAAUACAGACGGUUACUUCGGAAACUUCCUGAUGACAACAGAGCAACACUCAACGCUCUGUUUGGACACUUCUACAUGUAACACACACACAACACACACUCAGUAAC